UAAAAUUGUAGUGGGGAUAUUGUGGAACUUCAAAGCUUUUGCAUUAUCAUCUAUCCCUCUGAGGUUUUGUUGUAUCGCAGAAGGAUUUGCAGUUUUGUAUUUAUUAACUCGUCAAAAUGUUUACGUUGUGCCCACAAGUUGAAGCCCCAGGUUUCUCUUUCGAGAACUGCAAAAGAAAUGCUACGAUGAACGGCAAGGGAUUUCCGGUCCCUAAAGCAACAAAAACCGGUACAACCAUCGUCGGUAUUAUUUAUGCUGAUGGUGUAAUUUUGGGUGCUGAUACAAGAGCCACUGAAGACACCACUGUCUCUGAUAAAAACUGUGCUAAGAUUCAUUAUCUUGCCCCCAAUAUGUAUUGCUGUGGUGCUGGUACAGCAGCUGAUACAGAGAUGACCACAAAUCAAAUCUCUAGCCAGCUUGAAUUGCACCGUCUGUACACCAAUCGGGUAGUCCCCGUGGUCGCUGCAAACACCAUGCUCAAGCAGUAUCUGUUCCGUUAUCAAGGACACAUUGGUGCAGCUCUUGUGCUUGGAGGUGUGGAUAAUUCCGGACCUCAUCUAUACUCAAUCUAUCCUCAUGGUUCCACUGAUAAACUACCCUAUACUACAAUGGGUUCAGGUUCUUUGGCUGCAAUGGCAGUGUUUGAGUCCAGAUGGAAGCCAAACCUCACUGAGGAGGAAGGCAAACAACUGGUGCGUGAUGCGAUCGCCGCUGGUAUCUUCAACGACUUAGGUUCUGGUUCUAACGUGGAUCUUUGCGUUAUCCGCAAAGGUAAUGUCGAAUAUCUACGCACAUACGACGAGGCAAACAAAAAAGGAGUCAGGCAGUCGUCAUACCGCUAUCCAAGGGGCACCACUGCUGUUUUAUCAACAAAAACCGCAAAGAUUGACGUGUCUGAUGUCACAGUUAAGUAUUUUGAUGAGCCACAAGGGGAAUCAAUGGACACCUCGUCUUAAUAAAAUCAACCACAACACUUUCGUAUGCUUAACGUUUAUAAUAUAAAUAACACGUAUAUAUUAUCUUCAAAUAAUGGACGGUGUUGUUCGCUUUUUGGUUAUACAAUAAAAUAAAAUAUCUCUUAUA